GGAGUGUACUAACAAAUGAAAUUGUUAGUCUUCCGUUCCACGUAGUAUAAUUCUCAAUUUACAAUGUUAAUUAUUUUCAUGACAAGGAAACAGUACUUUACAUUAUUGCGUUGUUAGUGUCAACAAUCGAAGAGAGAAUCAUUGAAAAUGGAAACAUCCGUUCUCAGUUUCGUCUGUUUCUCUGUUUUCAUAGCACUUCUUUCAACAGCAUUAUUUAGGAAGAGACUGCAAUCAACCCCAAAGAAACGGCCACCAUCCCCAUGGAAGUUGCCCAUAAUUGGACACUUGCAUCAUUUGAAGGGCGCUCCACCCCAUCAUACUCUCAGGCGACUGUCCCAAAAAUACGGUGCCCUGAUUCAAUUGCAGCUGGGAGAGAUCCCUGCAAUCGUGGUAUCAUCGCCCCGAUUCGCCAAAGAGGUCCUGAAAACUCAAGAUGUCACUUUCGCGAAUCGGGGGGAAAUGUUGGCAGGGAAAAUCAUGCUCUACAAUUGUACAGACAUAGCUUGCGCCCCAUACGGCGAGUACUGGAGACAAAUGCGCAAAAUCUGCACUUUGGAACUCCUCAAUACUAAAAACGUCCGGUCAUAUGGCUCGAUUAGGCUCCAGGAAGCUCACAGCCUCAUCAGAUCUAUUAAAGAUCUGGUUGGCAGCUCCACAACAAUUAAUCUAACCAAGGAAUUGGCAGAAUACACUAGUUCCAUGGUGGUCAGAGCAGCAUUUGGAAAAGUUAACAAAGAUGAUCAGGAUGCAUUCUUAGAGCUAAUGAAGGAGUCGUUGCCACUUUCCAGUGCCUUUGAGAUAUCUGAUCUGUUCCCAUCGCUAAAGUUUCUACAUCCUUUUCUUUCUAACAAGGGUGAAUUGAUGAGGAUCCAUUAUAAGCUAGAUAUAGUCAUGGACAAAAUCAUCGAUCAGUACCUCGACAAAGACUUAGCCAGUUCAAAAGUGGCCUCCACCAGUGAACAGCAGCAAGGUAAUGAAGAUCUAAUUGAUGUUCUGCUGAGGGUCAAGGAUAACAAUGAACUCCAAUUUCCAAUCACAAAGAAUAAUAUCAAGGCUGUUAUGCUUGAUGUUUUUUCUGGGGGAACUGAAACUUCAUCCUCAACGGUUGAGUGGGCAAUGGCUGAGUUGAUUCGGCAUCCUGAGGUGAUGGCCAAGCUACAGGACGAGAUAAGGGAAUCUUUGGGUGAGAACAAAACAAUCAAAGAGUCUGACAUCCAAGAACUUAGCUACCUAAAAUUAGUGGUUAAGGAAACACUCAGGUUGCAUCCUCCGGCUCCUUUGUUGGUUCCAAGAGAAAGCAGGAUGCAAACUGAGAUUGAUGGCUAUAUAAUCCCAAAUAAAACUCGAGUCAUAGUUAACGCUUGGGCGAUUGCAAGAGAUCCUGAGUAUUGGACUGAUCCUGAGAGUUUCAAACCGGAGAGAUUCGAAAAUAGUGGCACGGAUUUCACCGGAAAUCACUUCGAGUAUAUACCGUUUGGCUCAGGGAAAAGGAUGUGCCCAGGAAUGUCAUUUGGUCUAGCCAAUGUCUAUCUUCCAUUAGCCCUUCUACUCUAUUAUUUUGAUUGGAAACUCCCAAAUGGCCAGAAACCGGAUGGUUUGGACAUGGCAGAGACUGUUGGUGUAACUUCAUCACGAUCAAACCACCUUCUCUUGAUUGCAAAAUUGUACGAUCCUUCCCUUUAAAUGUACCGGGAAUGCUCUACAACCAUCUUUCCUUUCUCUUCUUCUUCUUUAUUUAUUUUUGCAUGUUUGUGACUUUUACUAUUAGUUAGAUGAUUGUUGCAAGUGCUUCUAAUUCUAGUACUGGAGAUCCUAGAACGUUGAUGUGAACUAAAAUGCUACGAGAACUCCCGGACAAUGUAUAUUUAUAGCAUCACUACAAUCCAUCUGCUAAGAAAAAAAAAAAAAGAACACUCAUCAAUAAAACCAAGUUAAAGUUUAAAUAGAAU